AUGGCAGCAUUUGGUAUGGAAAAAUGUGUAGCACCACCUAUGGAAUGUCCUAACAAAAAUAUAACCUUUUGGCUAUAUACUAGGGCUAAUAAGGAUAAUCCCCAUCAGAUAUAUGCACAAGAUUCAGAUUCUAUAAAGUUGGCACCGUGGGUAGUCGGAGAACCAGUUAAAAUACUAAUCCAUGGGUACACCGGCUACAAGGACUUCUCACCCAACACUGAAAUAAGGCCCGCUUACAUGGAAUGUUGCGAUUACAAUAUCAUAAGCGUCGACUACGGUCCCAUUGCUGAAAAGCCUUGUUACAUGGAAGCGGCUAGAAACACUGAACUCGUAGGGAUGUGCACGGCGCAACUUAUCGAUGUUCUAAUCGAUGAUUUCAAUUUUACUUUGGAUCAAUUUCAUCCCAUCGGAUUCAGCCUUGGAGGGCAGGUAGCUGGUUAUAUAGGAAACUAUAUAAAGUCAGGGCAACUGAAAAGAAUUACAGCGCUAGAUCCAGCGAUGCCACUGUUCAUAACGCGCGACAUCACUAAAAAAGUCGAUCAAAGUGAUGCUUUAUUUGUCGAUGUCCUGCAUACGAAUGCGAUGUGGAAAGGGAAGUUGGAACCUAGUGGACAUGUAGACUUUUACGCAAACGGCGGUAUGACACAACCUGGUUGUAAUGCCACCACUGAUCAAUCUAAAUCGGAGUGUGAUCACGGGCGGGCUCCUGUCUAUUACGCAGAAUCAAUCACCAGUGAAAGAGGAUGCUACGCAAGAAAGUACUCCUGUCUGUUCUUCGUCUUCUUAAGAUUCUGCUCGGCCAUCAACUCUAAUGAUGACAUAAUUCUGUUUGGUGAACAUGUACCUCAUAAUGCGUCAGGCGUAUACUUUUUUAAUACAAAUUCAGAAAAUCCGUACUGUCGAGGAAAAGGAGACGCAGCAAGAAGUGGUUUUACAUAUGAUUACUUACAAGCACCCGAAGAACAAGACAUGAUAAAUGAUUUAAACAGGAUUUGGUAACGUUACUGUGAAUAAUAUUAUAUUUUACAUAAAUAAAUAACAGUUAGAGUAAACGUUUUUUUAUUUAAAAAAAAAAAUCCUUAAAAAUUUGUUCUAAUUAUUAUAUUUGCCCCCCACCAGGUGAACCGACGAUCUUAUAAAGGUUUCGGGAAGCCGCUGGAUGCGGGCUGCGCAGGACCGAUCGUCGUGGAAAUCUAUGAGGGAGGCCUAUGCUCAGCAGUGGGCGUCUUACGGCUGAUAAUGAUAUUAUAUUUGCAUUCACAAUGCUAUACUAAAAACUAUUCUUAUUGAAAAGUUUUAUCGAAAGUUUUCUUUCGACUGUGGAUUAAUUUCCUGAACCUUGAUGAAAAUACGCUCUGUAGUAAUCAAAAAGUAACCAGUGCUUGAAAAAAUUCGUCAGUCCUGUUAGGUCCCGAGUAGCUGAGCGGUUAGAGUAGUAUCCUGAAUUGCGAUUGAGUUCGAGUCCCAUUUCAGAGUGCCAGGGACAAAGUGGUUUUUUAAGCAAUUUUUCAUUAAGUAUAUUAUUCGGUAUAUCAUUGUGAAUGCAAAAUUCAUCAAAUGUAAUAAAGUGUCCACAUAACAAUAGGUAUACACACAUGAAUACAAUUCAAUGACAAAGCAAUAGGAAAAUGUCAAAUAUCACUUAAUU